AUGUCUACACCAAUCCAAAAAGUCUGCCUGGUCGGGGCCAACGGCUCCCUGGGCUCCGUCAUACUCGACGCGCUCGUCGCCCAAGGCACCUUUUCCGUGUCCGUCAUGCUGCGCGCCAACUCGACCUCAACGCCCGCCCACGCCGCCGUGCUCACGCGCAUCCCCAUCGACCCCAAUUUCGACGGACCCGAGCUCGCGCGGCUUCUCGUCGGGCAGGACGCCGUCGUGGCUGCUUUUCCCCUCAAAGACGUCAACCAACACCUACGUCUCGCCGAGGCCGCCUACAAGGCGGGCGUGCGCCGCUACAUCCCCGCCGACUACGGUUCCUGCGACGCCCGCAGCCCGCAGGCCCAGCGCCACCUGCAGCUGUACCGCGACAAGGCCGCCGUGCAGGCGCUGUGCGAGCGGCUUGCGGACGGCGCCGCGGCCGACGGCGCGCCCUUUACCUGGACCUCGAUCGUCUCGGGCCACUUCUUCGACUGGGGCCUGCGCAACAACUACCUCCAUCUCGACGUGGCCGCCAAAAAGGCGCUGAUUCUCGACGCCGGCGUGACCAAGGCGUCCAUGUCGACGCUGCCGCGCGUGGCGGCGGCCGUGGUGCGCGUGCUGCAGAGGCAGGACGAGACGCGCAACCGGUUCGUUUUUGUGCAGAGCUUCUGCCCGACGCCGCUCGAGGUCGUGGCGGCGCUGGAGCGCGCGACGGGCGAGCCCUGGCACACGGCGCAUGUCGACUCCAACGCCUAUCUGGACCGCCAAGCCAAGGCGCUCGAGGCGGGCGACGAGCAUGCCCUGCACAACAUCGUCUUUGUGCUGGGCGCCGUCGACGCCGACUGGACGCGGCGCGACGAGUUUGCCAUGGACUUGCUGGGCUUCGAGGACGAGAAUCUGGACGCCGUGGUUGGCAACACUCUGAAUGAGAUGCGGGCCAAAGGCUUGGCGUGA